AUGGCCUUCGAACCCGCUCGCGGGGCGCGCGGAGCUGUCGGGGACGAGAGCAGAAAAAUGCUGUGCAGCGGCGCCGGCCGGCGAGGGCCCUGCCGGCGCCAACUGCACGCGCGACUUCCGGCCGGCGCGCCCAAGUUGCGUCAGAUCCAUCAGGGUUAUGUGGGCAUGCAUCCAGGGGACAAGAGCCGGCAUCGCUACAUCCUGGUGACGCAAAACGCCAGCGUCUUGGAGCUCUUUGUCCAGAGGAUCCGGACGUUGACCACCGAUGGUCAACUUCCACAGAACAACCAGGUGGUGGUCUACAAGGACUUCACCGACAUCUCGCAGAGCAUCGCCCAGCACUUUGUGGCCAGCACUGCGGACUGCUCUGCCCGCCUGCUGCUGGACCCAGCCAGCCCCAUGUACGAGGAGGGCGCGGAGGACUUGCCACUGUCGCAGUAUUUGCAGGCAGCACUGCCCCUGGAGGGCUUCGACUUCUUGGCGGUGGCCUACCUGCCCUCCCUGCCCACCGUGAUCGAGAAGGAGCUGCUGUGCCCGGUGCUGCAUCCGCCAGCGCCGCCGCCGCCGCGGCAGGAGACCGCAUGGGACAUUGACUUGGUGGGCGUUGGCCGACCUGUGGUCAACGGGCAAGUCUUUGUACCCUCACAGGCCAAUGGCAGCAGCAGCUUUCUGCACUCCGAGCCGCUGGGUGAGUACGUGGUUUGCUACGCCGGGGACGAGGAUGCUGAGCCGAUCUUCAACCGCAUUGGCCCGGUCUUUCCGUCGCUGGACGUGCUCAGCGGCUUGCAUACUGCGGAAGCUCCCCCGUCCACGACGCUAGCAGGGCACCUCAACGUCACUUCCCAGCUACCAGGGGUUGCACGAUGCCUGGGGUUUCUGGACACGCUGAGCCCGCCACAGGAGCCCAAGGACAUCUUCCUACCUGUGGACUCGCAGAGCUUCUUGGGGGAGUCAGACCUGGUGCAGUACGACGUGCCGGGCACAUACCAGGUGAUCAUGCUGAGGCUGCUGCAGAGCCGAGUGAACUUCCUCGCGCCCUCCUUCAACUUCCAGGGGGCGCCGCCCUCCGUCUUCGUCUGGUGCGCUCACGAGGGCUCCACGGUGCUUUACCCCGGCACGGCGCCCAUGGUGAUGGACGUGCAGGCCAGGCAGCCGCCAGCCUUUGUCUACAAGCAGUUCAAUGCCACUGUGACCUCCAUCGACCUGACGCUUCAGCUGGAGUUUACACCGCUGGUCGUGGAGUUCACCGAGACCUUCCCCAGGAACUACUACGACGAGGUGAAUUUCAGAUCGCGGCCCUCACUUCCAGCUGGGCUGAUCCUGGACGCCAGCACGGGCGCCUUGAGCGGCGUGCCCACCUUCGCAGGCAGCUUUCCCCGCACCCUGCUGGCCAUCAGCCAGAACCCCCCGCAAGAAGCCGCCGCCUACUCCCUUUUGAUCAACGUGAAGGAUGUGCUGGGCCCUCGCUUCACCAGCGCCAGUGCGGACAACAUGCUGGUCAGCAUUCAGCCUCGAUACACGAACAUCUUCCAUCCGCAGAAGGCUUUCUUGCUCGCCAGGAAGCGGACGUCGCCUUUUACGGACACGCCAGAAGAGUUCUUUUGCAUCAACGCACUGAGGGACGUUCCCAACAGGAACGUGACAGAAGUGGUGUGCUCCGUGCAGGACGAGGUGUGUUGCUGCGCCGCCUACAUCCUCCUGCACAUGCCGGUGCAGGACCUGCGCCUCCGUACUUCGGACUGCAGCUUCCUGCCAACUGAGAGGUAUCACCUCGGGGGCCUGGUGGAGGGUUUGCUGCAGACCUCCGAGGGUGUCCUGCGCCCUGCACGGCUGCACUCCUCCUACAAGGUCUACGCCACAAUGCCUCCAGAGGUAACGGCGCAGGACAAGAAGCCGGUACGUUUUGAUCUUAUGGUGGUCAUGGACUUCGAAGACUACGAAGCACAGAAGGAAUUCUACGACCGGGAGCUGUUGCAAGAGCUCGCCGAGGCUGUCUUCAUCCCCCAGGAGCUCGUGGAUAUUCUGAAAGUGGAGCCAGGCCGCGGCGGCACGGUCUUCACCAUCUCCUUCUAUGUGGAGCCUCGAUGUCUGCAAGAGCUGGGGCCGGAGGUUGAGCUGCUGUCCUUUGGCAUCAACACCAAGGAAGGCUGCAACUUGGUGGCUCCCGUGGAGUACAUGACCGAGCUGAAGACGCAACUCUCCAACAAGGACUCCGCCUUGUUCUAUCAGCAGGACCUUGUCCUGCUCAACAAGGUGAAUCCUGAUAGAUCCUUCUCCUUUGCAGAGCAGCACUUCUGCAGCCAGGAGCCCUUCUGGCAGUAUGGGGCUGUCGCUGCCUCUGAGAGCGAAUGCCCCUAUGACCUGGUGAAGCUUGGCAGUAUCAGCGCGGUUGCUGGCACUGUGACCCUGGCGCUCCUGCUCAGCGCCAUGGCCCGGCUGAUGCGGCCCUGCGGCUUCUGCCUACGGCUCUCCGAGGUGCGGAUGCUAGAUGUGCUCACCCCUUUGCUGGGCCUCUACACCACAGGGGCGGCCUAUGUGUGGCUCUUCUAUCUGCAGGGCAACGCCGUGCAUGCGCUGCACGGCACCCUCUUCAUGGCCUGCCUGUGCAACCUCUUCCUUUGCUUCGUGGUAAAUGCUGCAGCCUUGCGGAUGACAAUCACCAGCUACAUCAUCGACACGCCCUGGUGGAGGAAGAAUCGCAAGAGGUUGCGGAUCAUCUUGCUGCUCUCCGUGUUCUCGCCCCGCUUCUUCCGCAUCACCAAUUCGCGCGUGGGCGGAGACCGAACUCAGAUUCACUUUGGCACGCCGUCCAAGAUGGCUGUGGUUUUUGCCAAGUUGGGUUUGGCCACGCUGCUGCAAGACAUCCCCUUGCUCCUGGUGCAGCUGUAUGUCUGGCUGAUCUGGCGAAACCUCGCGCCCAAGGUGAGCCUGCUUUGCUUUGGCCUCGGCCUCCAAAGCAUCGCCACGACGAUCCUGCACCACGUCUUCAGCCGCUCCCAACGAGCUGCAUACGAGCGUGUGGUGAAACUGCUGGGUGUGCGUCGCUUGACCGCGGGCUUCUUCGAUGUGAGCUCGGGCGUGGGCACGCAGGCGGGCCGUGCUUCCGAGGGAAUCCGCUCGCGCGAAGAUGCUGGGACGACGGGGGGCCCUGUGGACCCUACGAAGCUGGACCCCAUCCAGGCCGCUAUGUACGUGGCCCAGAUGUACGAUAAGCGGCAGCCCACAGCGGAGGAGAAGGAGGAGCUGUCAGACUCCAGUGGAGAGGAGCAGGACUCCCCGUCGGAGACUCAGCUACCUCAAAAAAUGCAAAGGCCGGUGCAGUUGCAGCUUCUGAAGCCAGGCAAGCUGGAUCGUCAAAGACUCUCUACCCAUCAGGCCUGUACGAGAAGAUGCGCCGCUUCUACGCCCAGCACGAUCCCUCGAAGCUGGCCAGCAUCGGGCGUGGCAACGCGGAGGUGGACGAAGAGGCUUUGGAUGUCGAGCUGAAGAGCAAGUUUGGCGUCGGGUUGGACUCGAUCCAGUAGACUCGAGGCGAUUUCGGGCCAAAGGCCCAAGUGAGACAUGGCCUGCGAGAAGC